AUCUGCGAGACUGUACACACAGCUUUGUUCUGGGUAUACCUGUACCAUAUGAGCAUCAUUUCCUUCGGCAAUCAGGAUAAGCUUCUGGAGGGACACUGGAGCGUCAACUACUCUGUUUUCGUACAUGGCGUAGUCAGUGCUACGAUUCAGGCUUACUAUGCCUACCGAGUGUACAUCCUCUCGGGUCGUAUCCAUAUUUCGUUGAUUUCCUGGAGCGUUUCCCUCCUUGAGAUCGGUGGUUCUCUUACAGUAACGGUGUUUUUACAUCAGUACGGCCCUGUGAUAUAUGGGCAGCGAUUUGUAUGGCUUUCGACGGCUACAAUCGCUUGUGACGUGUUCAUCGAUGUACUGAACACGACCGCGCUCUGUUACUGGUUGCACAGGUUACGGUCCGGG